AAGCAAUCAAAUAACUUUAUCGACGCCAUUUUGAGUUGUGUUUUACGUAGUAGUGUCGCAUAAUAUUCAAACUUAAAAGCCGGUUGUAAAAAAUGGGUGAAGAUAAAGAUCGUCGACGCAGAUCACGAUCAAGAGAAAGAAGACGAUCACGUUCACGUUCCAGAGAACGCCGAGAAAAGAGAAGGAGUAAAUCCAGAUCCCCUUCUAAAAGAUCCCGCAGGCGCAAGCCAUCUUUAUACUGGGACGUUCCACCACCUGGAUUUGAACACAUUACUCCUUUGCAAUAUAAAGCUAUGCAAGCAGCCGGUCAAAUUCCAGCGAAUAUAGUCGCCGAUACGCCUCAAGCCGCAGUGCCUGUGGUCGGGUCUACUAUAACGCGCCAAGCUCGCAGACUAUAUGUUGGCAACAUACCCUUUGGUGUUACUGAAGAAGAGACUAUGGAGUUCUUCAAUCAACAAAUGCAUCUUUCUGGUUUAGCACAAGCGGCUGGUAACCCAGUGCUUGCAUGCCAAAUCAAUUUAGAUAAAAAUUUUGCAUUCCUUGAGUUUAGAUCCAUAGAUGAAACCACACAAGCCAUGGCAUUUGAUGGUAUAAACUUCAAAGGUCAGAGUUUAAAAAUAAGAAGACCUCACGACUAUCAACCAAUGCCUGGCACAGAAAACCCAGCCAUUAACGUUCCAGCUGGUGUUAUCAGUACUGUAGUUCCAGACUCACCACACAAAAUUUUUAUUGGUGGUCUGCCUAACUAUCUGAAUGAAGAUCAAGUAAAGGAACUCCUGAUGUCUUUUGGCCAGCUGCGAGCCUUCAACUUGGUGAAGGAUUCAUCAACAGGCCUCAGCAAGGGUUACGCCUUUGCUGAAUAUGUCGAUAUAUCAAUGACUGAUCAGGCCAUUGCUGGUCUCAAUGGUAUGCAGCUGGGUGAUAAGAAAUUAAUUGUUCAACGGGCCAGUAUUGGAGCCAAGAACUCCACUUUAGCGAUGACGGGCGCGGCGCCGGUGACGCUGCAGGUGGCGGGGCUGACGCUGGCGGGCGCGGGCCCGGCCACCGAGGUGCUGUGCCUGCUCAACAUGGUCACGCCGGACGAGCUGCGCGACGAGGAGGAGUACGAGGACAUCCUCGAGGACAUCAAGGAGGAAUGCAACAAGUAUGGUUGUGUACGCAGUAUAGAAAUUCCGAGACCAAUAGAUGGCGUCGAAGUCCCUGGAUGUGGAAAAGUAUUUGUCGAAUUCAAUAGCAUUGCGGAUUGCCAGAAGGCGCAACAAACUCUAACAGGACGAAAAUUCAGCAACCGCGUUGUAGUAACCUCAUACUUUGACCCAGACAAGUAUCACCGCAGAGAAUUUUAAACAUCAAUUCACUAACCAUCCGUUCUUUAAUUUCUCGUACAGCAGAUUAAUUGAAACUUAAAUAAUAUGACGUGAUUUUGUGAAUGCAAUAUCUAUUCUAUCUACACAUGUAAGUGUAUUUACGGAUAAUAAAGGUAAAUCUAACUUUAA